CGUUCAUCUCGCAUCCUCCCAUCUUCCCAUCAUGACCAUGGCCGCCCAGCACCCAGAGCUGCGCGCGCUUGUCCACUCGCUCGUCAACCCGGGCAGCAACGCGGAAUAUGUCCGCAAUCAGCAGCAGCUGACUGACCUCUUCAAGCAGCCGGAAUUCUUCAUCGUCCUCCAGGGCUUCGCGGCGGACCACUCGCUCUCGCAGCAGGAGCGCCAGCUGGCGAGCGUUAUAACAGGCCGCGAGCUCAAGACAAAGUGGCGCUCCAAGCUUGUUCCCGACGCUCGCAAGGGCGAAGUGCGCGCACGCCUCCUGUCCUUCUUGGAGGAGCCCGAUUUCGCUAUCGCACGCCCCCAGUUGGGGUUGCUGGUCAGCAUCGCUCGCAUAGAGCUUCCGCGCACUUUCACCGAACUUCCCGACCGUCUCCUUCAGCCUCUCUCUCAAUGCGUUGCCGCCCUCGAGGCCGCCGGCGAGAGCUCGCUGGACGCGGCGACAGCCACCGUACUCCUUAACACGAUGUGGACGAUCAAUGCGCUUGUCAAGGAGUGGCGUAGCGUCAAGAUUCAGACGGGGGCGCUUGUCGUCCAGUCGCUUGAGCAGGUGUUCGUCGGUCCCCUGGGCAAGGUGCUGGAGAUUUGGAGCGCCCGCGAGCGCGCUGGAUCCUGCGACUGGGUUGUCCACGAGGCUGGUCGGUAUGCGUUCAAAACGCUCGCACGUUUUUGUCAGUGGCACUGGGGCAAGGCCAAGAAUUUGCAGUCCGCGACUGGCCUCGAGCAUAUCCGUCUGCUCCUCAGACACUCGGUCGAGUUUGCGCCCAUGAUCCAGGAACACCGCUUGCGUCUCUGCGCUCAAGUUCCCUCGCCUGCCCCCCCUGAGUUCAACAAGCUCAUGAAGUCGCUAGCGAAGCACCUUCGUGCGAUCGGAAAGUGGUGGCGCUGGAUGAUCGGCACCGAUGCGAAGAGUUGGUGUCAGCUCGAGGGCGCAACCGCCGGAGUCGGGUGGUGGUGGAGCGCCGUUGGUGGUGUGAUGGCCGGGAGUGAUGGCGCCGUCUCCAAUGAUGACUCUGAUACCAACCCGUACCCCAAACGCUUCCUUCUUCUUGGCAUGCUCCUGUUCAAGGACAUCCUCCCCAUUCUCGCACACGACCACCAGGACAUCUUCACCCCCGACUUCAUUCUCACCGCGCUCCACUUGUUGGUGGACAAGCUCCUGCCACUCACUUCUACGGACCUCGAGGCUCUCGAAGACGAGCCCGAAGAGUGGCUUGUGGCGGAGAACAAUGACGAGGAAGCGUGGGCUUUCGAGUUCAGGCCAUGUGCUGAGCGCGUGCUCAUCGCCCUCAACAAUGCGUGCCGUCACUUCCCCCCAGAGCGCAAGGUCAUCGACGCCGAGAUGAUCAAGAUUCUGGGCGAAACUGAGGCCCUCCCUCCCUCGGACCUGCCCAACAUUCUGCGCAAGGAGGCCGUUUACUGCGCCAUGGGCCGCCUGAGUCGAUCUCUUGCGACGUACAGUCAGGGCCAUGCCGGCCGGGGAAUCGACUUCAACGCUUUCCUUCACGGCAUCGGCUCGUGGCUCGGGCAAGGACAGCCUCUUCACCGCAUUCUCAAGCGUCGUGUGGCCUGGCUCAUUGGCCAGUGGGUCGGCUCGGACGAGGAGUGCGCCAAACUACCUCUCGUUUGGGAGAUCCUUCUCCACCUCCUCUCGGAGCGGGGUGAGGCAUCCGACAUGGCCGUCAACCUCACCGCCGCAAUCUCCGUCAAGGAGUGUGUUGACUUGUGGGAGCUCGAAGUGGCGUACUUUAUCCCCUACAUCGAGAAGUCGGUGCAGGAGCUCAUCAAGCUUUUGGGCGAGGCCGCAACGCUGGAGGGAAAACGCUACGUCAACGACUCGCUGGGUGUCAUCAUCGAGCGCGUGGAGGACAAGAUUCUUCCCUACCUUCCUACCAUCGCCCAGUCCAUUCCUACGCUCUGGCAGGGCGCAAGCGGUCUCGAGGGCGAGUGGCUGUUCAAGGCUUCGCUCGUCGUCCUCACGACGAAGAUUGUCGCGGCUGCCAAGGAGUCGUCUGGCAAUCUGAUGGAGCUUGUCAUUCCACUCAUUCAGGAGAGCUUGCAGCCGCCGGCCAAAGACUUCUUCGAGGAGGAUGGCAUUAUACUGUGGCAGACGGCUUUGUGGAACGCGGCAUCGCCGUAUCAGCCGACCCCGCAGACAGGUUUGAUUUCUUUGGUGCCCGGCCUCGUCGCGGUCCUGGGUGAGAACAUGGACCUGCUGCUCAAGCUUCUCCCGCUUCUCGACUCGUACAUUCUGCUCGACGCAUCAGGGGUGGUGGAGCAGUUUGGGCUGGGCAUCUGCCAGUCGCUGCUCAAGGCGAUCGACACGUCGGGCCGCACGCAGGCUAAUGUUCUCGGCUGCCUCGCAACGCUGCAGACGCUAGUGCACGCCGCCCCGCUCCAGACCCUCGCACCUGCCCUUCUUGACUCUGGGUUGUACAACCGCAUCCUGACGGCACUGGAGGACGACAAGGCUGCUGGCAUCAUCCUCGCGGCGUACUUGGGUAUCCUCGCGCGCAUCGCGAUCCGUGACCAAGCGCUGUUUUUCCAGCUCGCGCAGGAGCAGGCGCGGCGCAAUGGCCGUGAUGCGCACAAGCAACUUGAGGAGAUCUUCGACGCCAUGUGGCGCAACUUUGACUACGUCGGCGAGAGCCGCGCACGCAAGGCUGUGGCGAUGGGCUGCGGAGCGCUGCUGACCACGGGACACACAGAGGCGCUUGAGCGUCUCGACGGCGAAUUCAUGAACAUGUUCCUCGACGUGCUCGGCGAGUUGCAGCCGGCCGAGGGCAACGGGCCAGAAACUACCGUCAACCACUGGAGCGCGGACAACUCGAUGGCGUGGGGCGACAUCCAGCACACGCCGGAAGGAGCGCGCCGCAAGGCGCUGGAGGACGCUGACCCAGCGUAUGCCGUACCGCUGCGCGGCUUCGUGGUGGAUGUUCUCACGCGGGCUCAGAACGUCGGGCUUGGCCCGUACUGGGAGAAAGCGGACGCAGGGACCAAGCACAGCCUGCAAAAGUUCCUGCAGUAGAGCCCGAGGGAACGAGGCAAAGAGCGCCGGGUGCACACUAUAUCCUGUAGAUUAUUAUUUAGCAUUGAGCAUACCCAUGCAUGGCACAUGUACGGG